AUGCCUUCUCGGCAAGAAGUCUCUUACUUCGGAGCUGGUCCCGCCCCGCUGCCCACCUCCGUCGUCGAGGCUGGCGCAAAGGCCUUCGUCAACUACAACGACAGCGGACUCGGUCUCGGCGAGAUCUCCCACCGCUCGCCUACCGCCAACAAGAUCCUCGCGGACGCCAAAGCGAACCUCUCUACUCUCCUCGAUAUUCCGGAUAAUUAUGAGAUCCUCUUCAUGCAGGGUGGUGGUAGCGGCGAGUUCAGCGCUGUCGUGCAGAACCUCGUACCCGUCUGGAUUGAGCGCCGUCGCCGCAGAGCGGAGGCUGAGAUUCUGAAGGCUAACCCUGGUACUGAGAAGGAUCAGCUCAAUGAGCUUGUUUACCAGAGACUGCAAAAGGAAGUGGAUGAGGAGCUGAAGCUUGAUUACCUGAUUACCGGUUCCUGGUCGCUCAAGGCCUCGCAGGAAGCGGCUAAGCUGGUUGGUUCCAAGUAUGUCAAUGUUGCGCUGGAUGCGCGCAAGGCCAAUGAUGGCAAGUUUGGAAAGAUCCCGACCGAGGAGACUUGGUCUUUGACUCCUACCAAGCGGGAAGGUGGCAAGGGCUCGGCUUUCGUCUACUUUUGCGACAAUGAGACUGUCGAUGGUGUUGAAUUCCAGAGUUUCCCUAAGUCAUUGGAGGCGCAGGGUCAGGAUGAGGAGGAUGAGCGUCUUGUCGUUGCCGACAUGAGCUCUAACUUCAUCAGCCGUAAGGUUGAUGUUAGCAAAUAUGCUGUCAUUUUCGGAGGCGCCCAAAAGAACAUCGGUGUCACCGGUAUCACUCUUGCUAUUGUUCGCAAGGACCUGCUUCCCCCUCACACCGCGACUCCUCCCCCAACCCUCCUGCACCGCUUGAACAUCGGCGGUCUCCCCGGCCCCGUCGUUCUGGACUACGCCACCAUCGCCAAGAACAACUCCCUCUACAACACCCUCCCCAUCUUCAACCUCUGGAUCGCCGGCCAGGUCAUGGCCGACCUUGUCUCCGAAUUCGGCGCCCAGAAGGUCAGCGGCCAAGAAGCCGUCGCCAACAAGAAGGCCCAGCUUAUCUACGGCGCCCUGGACAAGUACCCCGCUGUGUACCAGGUCGUGCCCGACAAGAGCAUCCGCAGCCGCAUGAACAUCUGCUUCCGUGUUAGCGGUGGUGAUGAUGCCAAGGAGAAGGAGUUCAUUGCUGGUGCUGAGAAGCGUCUUCUGCAGGGUCUGAAGGGCCACCGCAGUGUUGGCGGUAUGCGGGCCAGUAACUACAACGCUGUCCCGCUGGAGAAUGUCCAGAAACUGGUUCAGUACCUCGAGGACUUUGCCAAUGGACAGUAG